GAUCGGACUAUAGACGCAACAACAGUCAAGUAAAGCGUAACCUCAUAGUUAUGCAUCUCUCUAAUAUCUCCAAUAUCCACUCCACCAGUCAUACCGAAAUAUCUAGACCAAAUAUUUACUAUUUAUUCUUCAUUAUAAGAAUUGCCGUAAGAAAUUCAAUCAAUAAAUUGACAGGAACAAUCCUGAGUAGCCCGUAGUGUUCUCUCAUAAAUUCAAAAUCAUUGAGGAAUAGAAUAAUGACAGUAUGACGCUUCGAAAUGAUGGAAUUGACAAAGAGAGGAGUUAACUCAUUGAAAUAGUGAUGCUUCCAUCAACGGGUUAUUUCAAAUCGAUAAAUUGUCCGUUUUAUGACAGCGGCACAUGUGACAGGCCUUAUUGCCACUUCAAACACCUGCGAAGAGAUGAUGUGCCGAAUCCAGCACCAUCGAUUGUGGGUUACAGCACAGUUCAGGAGCCCCAGAAAAUCAUCGAGUCAGUUGAUGGGGGUGAAAAAAGCGGAGCCACCCCCUCACAAACUCCUAAUCCUGAGAUGAUACAACAGUUGGUUUCUGAUGCAGUCAGCAAGGCUCUCGCUGAUCAGGGUGUCACGGAUUCAGACAAUGUUUCUAAAGAUAUUGUUUCUAAGGUCGUUGAGGGCCUCAAGCCAACACUGGUUCCAGCAAUUGGCAAACACAGUGGGGUCCCUCAAUCUAUAACUAAACCGUGUGUAUAUAAUCCAACGCCAAUAUCAGAGCUCAGAAAACGACACAUUGCAGUGCCUGUUUAUAAUCCGACGAGAGAGAGUAAGGUUGCUGUCAAGAGAAAAUCCACAGAGGACUCAGCGAAACCCUGGCUCAGUGCGCUGCCUGAAUCCAUAAAGAACGAUCAAAAGAGAAUUAGUGAAAUAACUUACAAACCUACGGCUAUAGUUCAUGAUAAAGACAUUGGGGAUCCACUCAAUUAUGUUCCAACUACUAAGUCAGAUGACAGUAAUUCAAGUGACUACUCUAAACGGAAGGAGGCUUAUUACCCCAAGUGUAAGAAACGUCGAGAGGAGUAUGUCCCAAAAAAGGUCAAAGCUCCUCUGCAGUCUGUAGCGCACUUGGAUGAGGUGUCCCUCGAUUCGUUUGAUCCGGAGUUUAAUCUGUUGGAUGAUAUUUUGAUAGGGGAUCCCAAAGGAUUGAAAAAUUACGAGAGCAGUUCCCAGGACAUGUAUAGUAUUGAGGGAAGAUUUUCAGAUGAGGAGUAUAUGGAGGAACCUGAGGCAACCAAAGAAGCACGUAAAAUUGAGGAGGGUGUGACUCAAGAGGCGAUUAUUAUUGACGAGCCAGAAAAAAAGGAAGAUAACGAUAAUGGUGUGACGAGAGAUUUUACAGUUAAUACUACCAGCAAUAGUAAUACAAACAAUGAAAAUUGCCGGAGAAAAGAUUCGAAAAAAGAUAAAAACUCGAAAUCAAAUCAUGAUGACGAGUCCAGAAGAGGUUCUGUCAGUUCAGAAUCGUCUAAACACAGUGAGACACACAAAUCUUCCAUACGAGAACACUCGAACAAAGAAAACUCAACGGAAAAAAAAUCCACGAGUCACAGUAGCAAAAAUUCUAGCAGUGACAGAGACAAGAAGAGUUCUCACAGUAGAAGAGACUCGAAAGAUCACAACAAAAGUUCAAAUUCAUCACAUUCACACAGAUCCUCAUCAAGUAGGCAUAAAGACAGUAAAAAACAUAAAAGUAAGAGCAGUUCUUCCCAUAGUACUAGAGACAAGUCACAUCAAUCGAGUUCUCACUCAGAUAAAUCAGCGACUUCCAAAGAAAAUACUCACCACAAGUCAAGUAGACACGAUAAGAAGAAAUCCUCAAAUUCGUCACGCUCCAAGUCAGGGGAGAAGUCCACAUCCAAGUCCUCGGAGAAAUCCUCGAGGUCUAGCUACAAAUCCAAAGAUACGAAAGAAUCAUCUGAAAAAAAUCAAUCAGAUCAUGACUCGUCCAGUGAAGCUGUCAAUAAUUUUAUCGGUGAGGAGCUUCUCCAGUCUUCAGAUUCCGAACACGAUGUCGAGGAGGAGUGCCUCAAAAUUUUUCAAGAGUAUCAGGUGACCGAGGCGCCAAAAAAUAUUCAAAUUCAUCAAACGAAAAAAGCAAAUGAGGUAAUUGAAGAAGUUGGUAAAAAACGUGUUGCUCAUCCCUCAGCAGAAUAUUCUGUAACUCGUAAUGCCGGACCAGCUCAACCACUUAAAAAGGCACCCAAUCCCCAGCAACGAAUGUACGAUCGUUGGCGAAUGAUGCGAGAAGCUGCUGCUGACAAAGCUGCUGAAAGAGCGUCUAAGCAAACGAUUCCUGAGACAGAAGAAAUACAAACCAAUAACACAGUUGAAAUAAAAACUAAAAAUAUUGCACCCAUCAAAACAAUACACAAUGAGCCUCAAGUUAAUGGAAAUGGCCGUGUAAGAAUAGCACAUGUUCCUUACGCAAUGUCCCUGGCACUGUCGAAAAAGAAAGUAGUUGAUAGUACAUCGAAGCCGAUGGAAUCAAAGACAGUAGCGCAAACAGCAAAAGGCACACCUCGAAUCGCUCAUAUCCCACAAACAGUACCGACUCUGGUUCGCCCCGAGCCACUUCAAGUGGCAAACCAGAAGUUUGCUAUAAAUGUUCGUCAGUAUUACGUUAACCUCAUGCACGACAUUUGCGUACAAAUAUACACCAAUGGUGAUGACGCUGCACAACGUGCACUACGUGAGGAGCUUGCCUGUCACGAGCGCUGCAAAGCCCUGGCAGUUUACAAAAAUUCAUGUAUGCUCGCUGCUCACAGACUCAGAAAGGAAGUCGAUCAGGGUGAACUGGAUGGAUCAGUACCAUCAGCAAGUGGAAUGUUAUCCCACGAUGCUGUACUUGCUGGUAAAUCAAAGGGCUCUUGGAGCGUUGUUAAGGUGAAAAAAGCGGUGACUGAUUUCAAGGGCUCGGCUCUUUACUGCAUGCUCAAAAAAUGGAUAAUGACAGAGACACAGCUGCGAGACAAUGGAUUCCCACGAGCUCACCCCGAGGGCCCCAAGGGGAGAGCUAUGAUAUAUGCCACGAGAAAUCAACCGUUAAUUUCCAAAGUGCCUAAUGAGAGAUUCUGCAUUCGUUGUGGCCAAGCCUACAUGGUCGACAAACGGGGUUGUCCCGUCAAAGAACAAAAUUGCAUCUAUCACUGGGGUCGAAAAUUUACUGUGAGGGGGGAGGGAAGGUACAGCUGUUGUCAGCAGUAUGGAUCAGCGGGUGGUUGUACUGACGCUAAAAAUCAUGUGUGGGAUUUUGUUGAUUAUGAAAAUCUCAGGGGGUACGUUGGAACAUUACCCAAGGAGGGUUGUGAAGAGGAGGACCAAGGGGUUUAUGCCCUCGAUUGCGAAAUGACGUACACCACACAAGGUUUAGAGUUGACAAGGGUCACGGUUAUUAAUGAGGAUUGUAACGUUAUUUACGAGACUCUUGUUAAGCCUGAUAAUCCAAUUAUUGAUUAUAACACGAGAUUUUCAGGGAUUACCGAAGAAAAUAUGGCGGGUGUGACCACAAGCCUGCUGGACGUACAGGCAACUUUAUUAACAAUGUUCUCGGAUCACACGAUAUUAGUGGGCCACAGUUUGGAAAGUGAUUUCAAAGCACUGAAACUCAUCCACAACACAGUUGUGGAUACUAGCAUGAUGUUUCCCCAUAAAAAUGGACCACCGUAUAAACGUGCCCUGAGAAAUUUGUGCUCCGAAUAUCUACGUAAAAUCAUUCAGAAUGAUGUCGGAGGUCACGAUAGUAACGAGGAUGCUGUCGCUUGUAUGGAACUGAUACACUGGAAAGUCAAAGAGGAAGCCAAACUUCAGUGAAUGGAGGAUAAAUCCAUCAGUUUAUCUCUCACACCGAUCAAUAUCCAAAUCUGUGUUACUAUUCUACUGCCGAUUACAUCACAAAUUCACUGUAUAAAUGUGUAAUAUACUGUGUAAUAUUAUGAAGUGGCGGAUGCAGAAAUGCAGGAUUACUCUUGUUCACACUUAAAUACAUAAAAACAUUAUCAGUUUAUUCCGAUAAAUAUUGUCGACGAAAUUCAGUACACCUUCAUGAUUAUCAUCCAUUUCAAUUACUAUUUUUGUACUUCGUUGGCUAUUUAUAUUCACAUUGAUUAAACGUUAUCAGAACAAUGAAAUUCAUUAUUUAUUUAUUUUUUAUUUUGUACACAUGGGAAAAUUAUUUUUACACUGUAUUAUCAAAAAUCAAGUUUCAAUCUUCGUUACGUGAAAGCAUCAUCAAGCAAAGCUGCUCUCAAUCAAAUGACUAUUUUUUUUUUACUAUUUUAUUUAGUGCCGCAUAAUUUGAUUAUAUCCCUUUCAAAUAAUUCCUGUUUUAAUUGAAAAAUAUAGUUCCUAUUUUUUCGUAUAUAAACAACGAUUUUACAUCUGUCUUCUCUUUUACAACAAAGAUAUUAUUUAAUCUAGGCUCCGCUCCAUCGAACUUGAUAGGAAGUCAUUUCGACGGCGCAAAUUAUUGACAUCAUUUUUUAAUAUCCAACACCUUCGAAAAUGCACGAAUAGCUCCUGAUUUUUUUCCAAAUUACCCACUUGUGAUUUACCAACAAUGAAGUUAUGUAAAACAUUAUAUAAUACUGAGAGCUCGAUUUAUCAAAGUCAAUCGUCAAAUUCGCGAUGUGAAUUCCAUUCUCAUUCUUCAUAAAUGCUAUCGAGUCCUAUCGAGAAGAACGUGGUAUUCGGCUGUAUAUAUAAUAUGUACAAAUUAAUACUUAAAGUAGACGUCUAUACAAUCUCGUGUGAAUAUAUAUUAAUGGUAUGAAUUAAUAGGUUGAUCAUUGCACGUUCCACUAGAUUGCCUGAGUAUGAUUCUAUCCCUGCAUUAUCAUAAAAAUUGGCGAUCCUCAUAAAUAUAGGUAUAAUAAACUAUACAUCGAGACUAGUCUCAAUGAGAUCUUACUAGUCAAUAUUACACAUUGUACCUGAAAAUUUCACGCCACUGCUGACUCCAUUGAAUACGGAAUUACGAAAAAUAUAGAUGAGGCCUUUUUUUAAAAUCCGAUGAUGAGCUCGAUGGACAAAUCUUCUAAAAAUAUGGAAUUCCAUUCGUGUCGAUAUGAAGGCAUCUAUCAAAAGACACAUUAGCUUCAUUGAAACUUUCCAACUAGUGAACGGUUCUUAAGACAUUCCAUUGAUAAAUCGUGAGUCCAUUGAACAGCUAAGUAAAUUUUUUUGCUCAUUGCAUGUCUUACAUGUCGCCGCUCGGAUGGUC